AAUGUGCUCUUAUCAUAUCAAAGUCACAACCGUAGGGACUCUCACAAGCCAUGUCUGCAGUUGCGUUGCGGGGUGCAUGCCUGCUUUUCCGCACCCAAACAGCUACUAGCGGAGCUGCCAGAGCAACUCUCGCUUGCGGCAGCCUCCUGAAUGGAGGCCCUCGGCUGGGGCGAGGGGGGGCGGGCCCUGGCGUCAGGGAGUUCGGCACGGACAGCCAGGCCUGCCACGGGCUGCUGGCAAGGCCAACGUCGGCGGCUGUAGCUGACACGGAAGCCCUGGCACGCAACCGGCUUCAUGCGUGGACCUGCUUGAAUCUAUGGCACUCAGCCGGUGACGACGAGGACUGCUAACACUGGCAUAGCGGGCCACAGACCUAGACGUACCUGCGCAGCUUGAGCACGCCGGCCACACGGAACGCACGGUCUCAAAGCGCAGCGCCUGGCGCCGCUCCCGCGGAGUAAUGUGCAUCAGCGCAUUAGAAUCGCGUUCGCUGGGGAUGUCGGUCAUGGCGACGCUAGACUCUGUGCGGUUUAAGCGCGGCACCAGCUACUGGUGGCUCUAGUUUGUGCCGUGAGAGCCGCCCCACCCUGGUUGGCGCACGUGCUGUGCCGCCUUAGGGUGGCUCCACCGAGUCAAGAGGACGAUCAGAUGCAAAAGAGGCGGGGAACAGCGCAACGCAGGACGAUGCAGGCAGACGGCUUGAUUGUGACUGGUAGGAUGUCGGCAUGAGUGCCAAGUCUUGGAUGCCGGCGCCAGGUUCUCUGGCAGCCAGCCGCACUUGAGCACAACCCCGGCUCGUGUGCUGGAGCGGAGCCGGUAUUGGGAGAGUGGUUACAAAGGAGAAGGAAGGGUAGCGCUGGCUAGGAGUGUAUCGUGGUGCAAAGCGACUGUCAGGCUGACUGACUGCCUCAGGCUGUGCUCGUGGCUGCAACAGUGCGGUCCCCUCUGUGCUAUGUCAGGAGGCGAGGCACGAGGGCGCGACGGCCAUUGCUGCCGGCGCCGGUAGUCAGUCUGGGUUGUCUAAGAUGGGCGCAUGCGGCAUACUUGGUGCCCCUGAUUCGGCAUCACACGGCUGCUGACCAGUGCGGUUUGUUGCUGAGGACUGGCGCUGAGAUUGACGUGGGCUUUGCAAGAAAGGAGGGCAACCUAGCAAUGCGGCAGCUACGAGGGAGCAUACCGUCACAUUGUCUGAGGCACAGAUACGGCUCCGUAGUCGGAUAAGGAUGGCGGCUGAGGACGGCAAGCUUGGUUUUGAUGCCGUCAUGCGGCAAGACCUUUGUGCAGCAGGGGUGGCUGGCUGUGCAGUGAUCAGCUGGGCUUGGCAUUCCGGCAUCGGGUAGUUUGUUGCCGUCUCGCAGCAGCAGCGGGUGUGUUGGGUCCAGGCUAGUAUGGGCUGGGGCACGGUAGUAUGGGCUGAGGCAAGGUAUUAUGGGCUGAGGCAGGGUAGUAUGGGCUGAGGCAGGGAAGCAAGGCCUGGCAAGGCCGUGCGCGCAGCACUAAGGUCCAGCAUGCUGCAGGGGUCAAGACAG